AUGGCGACCUCGCUCCCCCAAGAACCAAUCUGCCUCCUCCGGCGCAUCCAAGAACUCGCCUCCCUCUCCUCCGCUUCCUCCUCAUCAAACCCCUCGAAAAGGUCCUACCCGCCCAUCGCAAGCAUCCCGCGGACCUCCCCCGCCCGCCUCGCCGCAGCCUCCCCAGACGCACCGCGCGACGACGCCGCAACCCAGCCGACGACGAUCCUCUACCUCGCCUACGGCUCCAACCUCAGCGCAGAAACCUUCCUAGACGCCCGCGGCAUCCGCCCGCUCUCCCAGGUCAACGUCUCGGCCCCGGGCCUCACCCUCGUCUUCGACCUCCCCGGCCUCCCCUACACCGAACCCUGCUUCGCCAACUCGGCGCCCCGGAAAGUGCCCAAACUCCCGGACCCGACCGAUCCCCCCAAGUUCCCGCCGGUGCCUCCCCUGCCGCCUCCCGCCAGUCUCUCCGACAAGGCAAAGAUGACGCCGAGGCCGACGACGGCCACCACACCGGACCUGGGCUGGGACAAGGGUCUCUUUGGCGUCGUCUACGAAGUCACGCCAGAAGACUACGCCACCAUCCUCGCGACUGAGGGCGGCGGCUCCUCGUACAAGGACAUUUUUACCCCCUGCAUCCCGCUCCCGCCCCGCGUCUCCGUCCCCGAGAAGCCGCCCAUUGAGAUCCCGCGCCCGUUUCUCGCGCACACGCUCUACUCCCCCUCCAUCCCGCUCGCCGACCCCGAUACUUCCUCCUCCUCCUCCUCCUUCUCCUCCGUCUCUUCCUCCCUCCCAAUCUACAACAAUAACAACACCACCAACGACCACGACGACAACACCCCCAAAAAACCAAGCGACCCCCGCAAGAAAUGGUACUGGCGCCUCCUCCAACCGUCCCGCCGCCCAGACCCAGCCUACGCCCAGCCCUCCCCGCGCUACCUAAAGCUCAUCACCGACGGCGCGGCAGAACACGAGCUCCCCGACGACUACCAGUGCUGGCUCAAUUCCCUCCAACCCUACACGGCGACCUCGCGCCGCCAAAGGGUCGCGCAGUGGCUUUUGUGGACGCUCUUUAUCCCCGUCCUCCUGCUCUUUUUCGAAAUCAACAAAAAGUUGGCCAACAAGGAGGGCAAAGUCCCCGUGUGGCUCGGUGUCACGCUCGCCGUGGUGUUUAAUCUGCUCUGGAUGGCGUAUGAUUCGGUGCUGAGGCCCGUUUUCGGAGACGGGGAGAGGACGCAGGAGGAUGACGGUGAUGAGGACAAUAAUAAGAGGUUUUUCCGAGCGAGGUCGUGGAGGAGACGUUACGCUGCUGGUGUUGAUGAGGAAAAGAUGGGAUUGCUUGAGGAUAUGGACUGA